AUGGCUCUCAAACUCGAAGAUUUACACAACUACAACACAUUGGUGGCCACGAAAGGGGAGGAUGAUGAAGAUCCGACUCCAGUUCUUUUGCUCAACAAGUAUCGUAUCCGUCUAUUGCCUCUUUCUUCACUCCCUUUUGUCCAAAAUUACUCGAAUAUCUCUCAACUUUCGCUGAAUUCCGACGACGUGCUUGUCAUCGACUCUCCAAUUGGUUCCACUGAAAAAUAUUCUAAAAAAUCGAUCGAAAAUUCAAAAAAAUCGAUGAUUAAAGAGGAGGAUGAAUCGAUGGAAAUGGAGGAGGAUAAAGAGAACGAAGGCGGUGAAAACGGACCACUCGUCACAUCGUUUUUGACUUUGGAAAAGUUACAAAAGGGGGCUCCUUUAAGCGACAUAGAAAUCGUUGGUCUCGACUGUGAAGUUCAGUUUUUCGAUGCGAAUCCGAUUCCGUUUGAAGACGGUGUCUCUCUUCAGAGAUUUCUCCGCCUGGAAAGCUCCGCCCACUUCUCUCCAGCAGUCGACAAACUUCCGAUUUGGAUCUCGACAAUCUCUCAGAAUAUUCCAUCUGUUUGUUGGAUUGCUUCCGGUCGAACCCAGAAGAAUGUGCAAUUCUCUGGAGUCACUCGAGUCAUUGGUCAUUUCAAUGAAAUCAAUCAGAAACUCAUCAAACAACUCAACGAAGCCGCCGGAGCCGCCCAAGUCAAUCGAUAUCGGGCGGUUUAUGAUGGAAUUCGAAAGAUUGCGACGCCGACGAGAGAGUCGCCUGGCGAGGUUAUCAUUGAUAUGCGCUGGAACACCAAGAGCAGUCUUGUGCUCCUCGAGCAGCCGGACAACGCUGCCGACUGUAUCAUAAAAAUCGACUUGGGAUGGCGUGACAAUCGAUUUUUCAUCGACGAAUCCAUCUUCGAACAACUCUUUUUCGUCCUAAAUCUCGCCGAUGUGCUCGCAAAUCCCGAGAAAGAAGUGAUCUUCCCGAUGGAAUACGUGAAAUUUGGAGAUCUUGUGAAGGAAAUGGAUGAUAUUGUGGAGGCGUGCUCGCAUGAGGAUAAUGUGUUCGCGUCGAAUGAAAAAAACGAAGAGGUGACUGACAAAGUUUGGAACAUCGUCCGCAAAUGUGGAGACAUUAAACAUGCGACGAUGCUCUUCAAGAAUUUCCUUCAAGCUCUCACUUAUGGAAAAAUCAAAUCUCACGUUCAGGAGGGGAAUAAAAGUCAUUUGGCAUCGUUGAUUCGUGCAUCGAAGACUUGUGACUUCAGAAUGCCAAUUCUCGAGAGAUUGAGUACGAUUGAGAUGAUGAUGGAGAUUGGGGUGGAGAGUUUGAGAGGCCGAAUCAUCAACAAGUUCUCGUCAACCCUUCAAUUCCCAGCAGACGAAUUGACAUUCAUUCUGAAAACGUGUGAGAAUGAGUUGACAACUGGGGAAGGAGCUCUCAACUCGAGUGUCGUCUCUCUUCUCCCUAUUACAAUGGCACUGGCGACAGUCAAUCAGAUAUUCGGACUGCUCAACGAGAAGGAUUACGUUCUGUUGCCCGAGUUGGCUCGUCGAGUUUUGACGAAAUUUACGAGUGGAAUGAUUGAAAAGGCGAAAAGAGGAGAGACGGAGACGGAUUACACAUUCGAAACGACACUUCCAUUGCUCCGAAUGUCAAAAGAGAAAUUUAUGGAUAAACGGCCGAGAAUUUGGACUUGUGAGAAUAUGAGCACUGUUGGAGCUCACUGUCAGACACGAAUUAUGACGUCAUUGGAGUUGGAGUCAUCAAUGGAGCACGUUUCCAGAAUUGUCAACGCCGGGAGACCGAUUAGAGAGAUUGUGGAGACGGAGGAGACGCAGAGAAAACCGACGAUUGAGGAGUUGAAUGCGGAUUAUACUGUGUCGCAUACUGUGUUCUCGUAUCUCCCGAAAAUGUAA